CUAUAUUAUAACUGAACGUAUUUCACUUAUUCUCUCGGCAUGCCACUAUUAACGUAUUGUUGGAGAACAGCUAACUCCUUCCUUUAUCGUUGGAGAUCCGGAUACAAGAUGAUAUGAAGAACAGCUAACAUUGUGGCGGCCUAUAUAUGCACUCUGAAAACGCGAGCGUUACGCUUGGGAUAAGACAAUAAUCAUAUACGCUAGUGCGACGGUAUAUGCGUUCCUCAAUCGUCAUGCAUACGACAAGAUAUCUAUGGAAGUUGCACAUACGUUACACAUACGUCAAAACUUCAACAUGGCGGUCAACAUGUCUGAUGCGAGCACUGAUGUAAGCACUUGUUAUUCAACAAAUGAUUGCCUAAGUAGUCUGAAAACACUACAAAUCGACGACAGUAAUGGUAAAGAUAUAAUUAUUGAUGAGAAUAGAAAGCUAAAAUGGAAGGAGAACUAUGAAGCUCUUAAAGUCUUUGUCAAGAAAACAGUCUAAAACUAAACGGGAAAUGGUCGUCACCCGGAGGCAACUUAAAGUUAUUUAAUGAGACCACAGGAUCAAUUAUAAUCAGGUAUUACAACAACUCAGUCUGCCUCUCUCUUAAUUCAAGGCGAGAAAGGUGAGUCAUUUACAAACAUUUUGAUCAAAAAGCUCUCGACCAUGCAUCCGAAUUCAGAGACAAAUAUUAUCGCCGAGGAUAACUCGUGUGAGCCAGAAAAAUCGGAAGAGUCACAAAAUGUGUACGAUGUUUCUAUAAGCGAGCAGUCUCAAGAUAUUUUUGCUUUCGACGAGGGUAUAUUGACCGGGACAAUCAAUCAGAAAAAUAAUAAACACGUCAGCCAUACUGACGAAGUAAAUUAUAUAAUUGACCAUUCACAAACGCCUAAUAUGGUGCCGCAAACCUUACACAAGAAUCAAGAAAUGAUGACCGAAAAUUGUUUGCAAACGAUGCCCCAAACCGACGCUGCUAAUAGUUCAAAUGCAGAUCUGUUGAAGUAUGUUUGUCGGCUGGAGGCUAGGAUGGAGAAAUUAUUUGAUAUUAUUGCGGGUGAUAUGCGUGAACUUAGAUCGAUCAUUGAUCUAUCAUUUGAAAUUAGAUCUUCUCGUACUUUAAAUGAAAAUCUAUCGCUCAAGGAAGAAAUCUCACAUUUGAAUGAAAAAAUAAAAAAUCAAUCAUGUUUGAUAUCCGACUUGGAUACUAAGCUAAAAGAACUUAACAAUGAACGGAAUAGCUUACUAACAGUAAUCAGAAUACUACAAGUAGAAAAUCAAAACUUUCCUCAUUAUCAGAGACAACAACAAGUAGCUAAUUUACAUGCCAAUAUUAACCAUCCCCCGCAGAGCCAACAAAGCCAACAUGUUGCUCCCUCAGCUCAUAUUAACAACCUACAUCAAUCACUUCCAACUCAAACCGAUCAAGGAAGCUAG